AUGCUAAAGUGGAUUCAAGGUGGUCUUUCCGCAGUUACAGGUAUUGCUGAACCAGAAUACGGUAAGGAAUGUAUUCAUUCCGUCGUAGAUAGAGUGAAAGAUAAGCAACCAUAUCAUUCUACAUCGCGCGAAGAUUUCUUCUGGAUUGCUCCAGAUCACACAAAUGUUGAAACUGUGACCUUUUAUUUCAGUAAUUUGAAGACUGGGAUUGUUGGGUUCGCUCAAAUUAUACAUUCUAAUAUCAUUGGUAUACACACGGCAGCUCAAUUCACUUUCAGAAUUUACGAUUCCAAGAACCCAGAAGAAUUAAAUUUAUGGACAUCUACAAAAUUGGAAAACUUCAGAAUUGAAGGUCCAAAUUUUUAUGCUGAUAAUUUGUCUGUGGAACUGAAUGAUGAAAAUACAACUUACCAUUUUGUUUCUAAUGUAAACGAGCAAUCCAUGAUUGAUUUGACUUUUAUAAGAUUGACUCCUGGUGCUAAAGUCGGUGAAGAUCCAACCACUUAUUAUGGAGAUAACAUUGAUGAACCAUGGGGUUCCAUGAGACAUGUGUUUUGGCCAAGAAAUUCUUGUCAUGGUACUAUCAAAUUGAAGAUCGCUCAAGAACAAGAAGAACAGGAAGAACAGGAAGAAAACGCAGAGAGUGGAGAAAGUGAAGAAGCUAAAGAAGAGGAGCCAGUUGAAGCCGAUAAAACAAAUACAGCAGAGCAAGAAUCGAACAAGGAAGAAGAUAGAGAUGAAAAUAACGAAGAUGAGGGUGAAGAUGAUGAAGAAGAGCACGUUAUAUAUGAAGAUCGUUUGAUUACUUUUGAUGAAAAGGAACCUGCUUUCUCCAUGUUCGUUAUGGCAUUCCAAGGUAUGAAGCCACAUCAUGCUGCCAAGGCAUGGAAUUUCCUAUACUUUCACUCUAAAGAUUAUUCUGCCGUUUUAAUGGAAUAUACAACUCCUAAAUCAUAUGCUAAUACAAAGGUAUCUGUGGGUAUUUUGACGUCGGAUAAAGAAGUUUUGGCAUUGACUACGGACAAUACUGUAUCACAUUUGAACCCAGAAAUCGACUCUGUGGGCUGGAAUAUCCCAAAAAAUCUAAAAGUGGAAUUUAAGGGUGUCAAAUCAACUUUAACAGAUGAAGAAGUUGAAAAUAACAAUCUUCCGGAUUCCGAUAAGGUCACUGCUACGGUCGAAGGUCCUUUAAGAAACUUGGUUCAAAGAAUUGAUGUUAUGGGAGAGGUCCCUGGGUUUGUUAAGAACAUUGUUUCCGGUGUUGCAGGAACUAAGCCUUAUAUUUAUCAAUAUGCUGACGAAGAUUUCAGUUUACAUGUUAAUAAUGGUAAAGAAGUUAAAGGUUUGGGUUGGGCUGAAGUCACUUUUAUCUCUGAAUCAGAUGUUGUUACAAGUGAAUCUUACAAUGAGGAGUAA